GUAGGCCCUGCCCUCAAACCCUGAUAUGAUUGGCUGGAAAUCCAGGAAUGGGCGUUAACCUCAAGGAUAUCGUGGCAAGAUGGCGUCUCUGGAUCGAGUGAAGGUUCUGGUGUUGGGAGACUCAGGUGUUGGGAAAUCGUCACUCGUCCAUCUUCUAUGUCACAGUCAAGUGCUGGGAAAUCCGUCGUGGACUGUGGGCUGCUCGGUGGAUAUCAGAGUUCAUGACUACAAAGAAGGAACCCCAGAAGAGAAGACGUACUACAUAGAAUUGUGGGAUAUUGGAGGCUCUGUGGGCAGUGCCAGCAGCGUGAAAAGUACGAGAGCAGUGUUCUACAACUCUGUAAAUGGUAUUAUUUUAGUACAUGACUUAACAAAUAAGAAGUCAUCUCAGAACUUAUAUCGCUGGUCAUUGGAAGUUCUCAAUAGAGAUUUGGUUCCAACUGGAGUCCUGGUGACAAAUGGGGAUUAUGACCGAGAACAAUUUGCGGAUAACCAAAUCCCACUGUUGGUAAUAGGGACCAAACUGGACCAGAUUCAUGAAACCAAGCGCCAUGAAGUGUUGACUAGGACUGCUUUUUUGGCUGAGGACUUCAAUGCUGAAGAGAUUAAUUUGGAUUGCACAAACCCACGGUCUUCAGCAGCAGGCUCCUCCAAUGCUGUCAAGCUCAGUAGAUUUUUUGAUAAGGUCAUAGAGAAGAGGUACUUUUUUAAAGAAGGUAAUCAGAUUCCCGGCUUUUCUGAUCGAAAGAGGUUUGGAGGAGGAGCAUUAAAGAACUUCCAUUAUGACUGAGCUGCACUCGCCCUUUGGAAGAGCGAGCGAGCCGUGGCAGUUGUCACAGCUUUCCUCUUGCUGUGUCAGGUUAUUAACUUCUCAGGCUCUGAUAAAAAACAUCUCAAAAUGCUACCUCACCCUCUCAUGGAAAAUUGAAAGAAAGCAACGAGUGGAGGAUCCUACUUGGCCCUGUUCUGUGUAGCUCACCUCCCUGUCCCUGCUGAUAUCUUAUGGAAGAGCCUCGUGAAGACACGAGACACUGCCGAGCCAGGGCGGCAAAUGGGCAGUGACACGGGCUGCACAGAAAACUGACUCGCGUGAAAUCAGAGGGCUUUGCAGGUCUGCGAUUUUCCCAUGCUCACUGCUGAAGGCUUAAUUAAGUUCUGGAGAAACCUAUCUGUUUUGUUCUUCCUUCUUGAGGGGAAAGGUCAUGUUAACCAGCCCUGAGUUAUCCACCCCAAACCAUCUCUGUCAUUUUUAAAGAAGCCAAGUGGUAUUAUUUCCUUUUCUCCAGCCUCAUUACACACAGGGAUGCCUAAGAAUAGCAACCCUGUCUCCUCCUCUCUCCCCUGGAAAAGGCUUGGUGUCUGGCGGAGACGGACUAAUAGCUGGGGUUAAAUAGAAAUACAGAUUAAUAAUACAUGGAGAAUAGACCAGAAAAGAAGGCUUCUGCGAGGCAUCGACAGCUCCUCCACACUUUAGAGUGCAGCUUUUGAAGGCCCUUUCUGCUUUCUGUUUGGAAAUCGGGUGAAAUCUGAGAGCAGCACAAGAGCAAUCACAGCGAUUUACUGCCUCUUUGGUCUUUUUUUUCUGUUUGUUGUUGUCAUGGUUUCGGGUUUGGUUUUGGUUUUUAAAGGAAAUUCAGAUCCUGAAAUACCCUUUAAUAUGAUGAACAAUAAACUAAGAAUAUUAUCCUUGA